AGACUUGUUUUUAAAGAAAACUAAUUUUUAAUUUAUUGCUCCUAAAAAUAAAACAUUUUGUUAAAAACAAACAAUAAAAAAAAUAAAACAAAAAUCGAGUUAUACCAAAAGAAAAAUAAAAGCAAUAAUAGAAAAGCUUAAAGUCGUGUAAAUAAGAUAUUUAAUAAAAACGCGUAGAAAAUUUACCCAAUAAAACGAUUUGUAACAAGUGCAAACAUCGAUAAUGGCCUCGUCUGAAUUGGAGCCUAUAAUAGCUGUAGAAAAAGAAUUGGAUCGUGUUAUAAGUAAAUUUACAGAAAUACAAGAGAAUGCAGCAGCCGAAAUUGGCGAUGUGGCUUCUUUGCUGGAGGAAUUAAUGCAAGUCCUGGGCAAGGCUGAACAGGAAAUGACGGGAACUAUUAAUACAGGCACCCAGGUUGAUACAGAUGACCCCAUGGCCGAUGAAGCCGAAAUGCAAGUUGAAAUGGAACCAUCUCCCCCACGUUUGACGGACAGCCAAAUAGCCAUUAUCACUGAGGCCUUGCAAAAGACCAAUGAAAAACUACAGCGUUUAUCCAGUGAACAUCGCGAUCUGCAUGGUGCCGUCUCCAAGGUGGGCAAAGUUAUUGACCGCAAUUUUGUUUCCGACUUUACGGCCACCACACGCACUGAUGCUCUGCAGGAUGAAGAAAAUAUGAUGUUGUUGAACAAGGUCAUUGCCAAACAUUAUUGCCGCCAAGGCAUGGAUGAUGUUGCUCAAUUAUUGAUUAAGGAAUCCAAAAUGCCCGAAGAUAUGGCUCAAGAAGUUUUCGAUUCAGAACGUAGUUUUGCCGAAAUCUAUCGCAUUUGGAAGGCCAUACAACAGCAUGACCUCAAGCCGGCCUUAGAAUGGACUUCCCGCUAUUCGAGUGAAUUGAUUUCGAAAAAUUCUUCGUUGGAAUUUAAAUUACAUCGUUUGGCAUUUUUGCAAAUUAUUUCGAAAGGCAUUUCGGCUCAGGCCGAGGCCAUUGCUUAUGCACGCAAUAAUUUCCAUAAAUUCAUUGAUAGAUUCGAACAUGAAAUACCCAAUUUGAUGGGUUGUUUUAUCUAUUUGCCUUUGGGCAUUGAGAAUUCUCCCUAUAAACAUUUGAUUUCAAAUGAAACUUGGACUGAGGCUUCGUAUGUGUUUCUCAAGGAUGCCUGUCAUACGUUGGGCAUUAGUAAGAAUUCGGCUUUGUCGGUGGUUAUAAAUGCUGGAUGUACUGCUUUGCCGGCAUUGUUGAAUAUAAAACAGGUCAUGCAAUCCCGUCAAGUCUUGAACAUUUGGAGUGGCCGUGAUGAACUGCCCAUUGAAAUCGAUUUGGAUCCUGAAUAUCGCUAUCAUUCUAUAUUUGCAUGUCCCAUUUUAAGGCAGCAGUCCACAGAAGAUAAUCCUCCCAAAAAACUAGCAUGUGGUCAUGUGAUUUCCAAUGAUGCUUUACAUAAACUAAGUAAUGGUCAUAUAUUAAAGUGCCCCUAUUGUCCCGUCGAACAAACUGCCGACGAGGCUGUAAGGAUUUAUUUUUAAAAACAAAUUUGGCAUACCCAGAGAUUUUUAGAGGUACCUAGUUUUAAUGAUAUAAAGGAAAUAUACAAAAUAAAAAGGUCAGCUGGAGUUUAAAAAGAAAACUGAUGUGAGCAGAAGACUUUGAAAAUUGAUUUAUAAAACAGCAAUGAAAACAAAUAUUUAACAAAAUAAAGCCAAUUUUAAAUAUAUGUAUAUUAAACACACAUUAAAAA